GCGUCAUCACACGGCGCCCAUGCGAAUCAUACUUGGCGCCAAAGAAGCCAUAACGAAAUUGUUGUUUAGUUGUCAGUCCAUAAUAAACUAGAAACCUAUGUUAUUUCUUUGAUCAUGGACAUUCGCAGAUUUUUUGCCCCCUCAAAACCAGCUCCUCCUAAAGCCCCCUCGGACAGCGGUAUCAGGACAGAUGAAGAACAGAAGCUCAUCAAAAAGAAAUCAGUGUCCAAGAGCUCAGAGGAGAAGCUGUCUGGAAAGAGGAAGAAGAGAGCAGUCAUAGACUCUGACUCUGAGGAAGAGGAGAAGAAACAGAGGAAGCCAAAAAAAGAACGGCAGAAAGAGAAAGCAGACCCCCCAGUAAAGACAGAAAAAGAGAAGAAAGGACCAAUCCAGUAUGUGUCUGAUUCAGAUUCAGAUGAUGCAUUUCUCUCCUUGAAGAAGCCAGUGGAGAAUGGCCUUAAGAAGGCUGGGAAAGGUGCCGAGAAGAAAACGCAAAAGGGUCUCACUAAAGAUUCAGUCAAAUCACCCCCCAAAUCACUUGUCAAGUCCCCUACUAUACCCAAGCCAAAACUCACAUCUCCAGUCAGGCCCAAAUUAUUAUCCCCACCUAAACAAACUCACACCUCAGUACUGGACUACUUUGGCUCCUGUAGUGUCCAGCGCUCGGAUAAGAAGCUUGUGGCCAGUGUCAAAAGGAAAGCACAAACUCAGGACCUAGAUGAGUCUCAGAAUGAUGAGGUCAUUGCAACGCAGCUGCAGAUGGACGAGGAUAUGGAGUUGGAAAAACAGAUUCAUGAGGACGAAGAGUUUGCCCGAACUCUAGCUAUGCUAGAUGAGGCUCCACUUGCUAAAAAGGCUCGUAAGGAUUCUGGUGAGGGGCCCAGCUCCAGCUCCUCCAUCAGUAAACUGGCGAAUAGGACAGACCAUGUAAGCCACAACCAGAAGCUGCCAUCACCCACAAAGGCUCCUAAGGACUCUGGGGACAGACCCGGUCCCAUCCCCUCUCCCACCAAACAGACCAUCAAGAUGGAAAGCCAGAACCAGAGGCAGCCCACACCCAAGACCACACCCAAGAAGGCCAGCUCCAAAUUGGCCUCCUUGAAACGCAGGGAUGAGGAGCAGGAGUGCAUAAAAAAGGAGGAGAAGGAGGAGAAGGAGGAGAAGAAGGUUUUCUCACCCAAAAAAGAGCCCACUCACUCCGAGAGAGCAUUCACGCCCAAAACAGGAGGUGCAAGUACUAGAACAGGAAGUGCUAUUACACCGAAAACAGGAAGUGCUGGUACACCUGGUUCAAGCAAAGUCUCUCCUAAAAAGCCAGAUACCAGUCCAGAGGAUUCUGAGAAACGCCGGGGAAAUUCUGCUGCCUUCCGGAACUUCCUGAAUAGAGACGGUCCACGUGCGCUUGGCUCCAAAGAGAUCCCUGUGGGUGCUGAGAACUGUCUGGAGGGCCUGACAUUUGUGGUCACUGGUGUGCUGGAGUCCAUUGAACGUGAUGAGGCGAAGACUCUUAUAGAACGCUAUGGAGGGAAAGUGACUGGAAAUAUCAGCAGAAAGACCAGUUAUCUAGUGUUGGGGCGGGAUGGCGGAGUUUCCAAGACUGAGAAAGCAGAAAGUCUUGGCACUCAGAUCCUUGAUGAAGAUGGUCUACUGGAGCUAAUUCGGAACAAACCUGGAAAAAAAUCCAAAUAUGAGAUUGCUGCUGAAACAGAGAAUAAAAGCGUGAAGAGUAAGACCAAGGCCUCCCCUCGUACCCAGACCCCUAGGGCCUCUCCUCGUACCCAGACCCCGAGGACCUCUCCUCGUACCAAGACCCCUAGGACCCCACAGCACACACCCAGUCCUCGGAAGGCCCGCCAGCUAGGGGCCAAAGGUCAAAAAACGCCGGAAAAGUCAGUGGUGAAGAAGGUGCUGACCUUUGGGCAGUCGUCUGCCACAGAGGAUUCUGGGAGCAGUCUGAUGUGGGUGGAUAAGUACCGCCCUCAAAGCCUGAAGGCUGUGAUUGGUCAGCAGGGUGAGCAGAGUUGUGCAUCUAAACUGCGGCGCUGGCUCCAGAGCUGGUACAGUAACCACAGUGGAGACAAACCUGCAGCGGCGCGUUUUGGUCGUUUCGGAGGUAAAGACGAUGGGGCGACUCUCAAAGCAGCGUUGCUGUCAGGACCUCCUGGUGUUGGAAAAACGACCACAGCCGCUCUCGUGUGUCAGGAGUUGGGUUACAGUUAUGUGGAGAUGAACGCCAGCUGUGCGCGCAGUAAGAACACUCUGAAGGAGGUGAUCGCCGAGUCUCUGAACAACACCAGCAUCAAGAACUUCUACUCAGGUACAUCUCAAACGGUCAGCAGGAAACAUGUGCUGAUCAUGGAUGAGGUGGAUGGCAUGGCGGGAAAUGAAGACCGAGGGGGCAUUCAGGAGAUGAUUUCUUUAAUAAAGACCUCCAAGAUCCCCAUCAUCUGCAUGUGUAACGACCGCAACCACCAAAAAAUCCGCUCACUUGCCAACUAUUGCUUUGACCUGCGUUUCCAGCGGCCACGCUUGGAGCAGAUUAAGGGUGCGAUGAUGUCCAUUUGUUUCAAAGAAGGCGUGAAGAUCCCCCCUCCAGCUCUCAAUGAGAUUAUUUUAGCAUCCAAUCAGGAUGUCCGACAGGUGCUGCAUAAUCUCAGUAUGUGGUCAGCCAAAGACAAAGUCAUGACCUAUGACCAGGUUAAAGCAGACGCCAACAACGCCAGGAAAGACAUGAAAAUGGGGCCCUUUGAUGUGUGCCGAAAAGUGUUUGCAUCGGGAGACGAGGCCAAACAGAUGAGUUUGAUGGAUAAGUCAGACCUGUUCUUCCAUGACUAUUCUCUGGCACCACUUUUCGUCCAGGAGAAUUAUGUACACGUCAGACCUGCAGCUGCAGGCGGUAACCUGAAGAGCCACAUGGUGCUGCUGAGCAAAACUGCAGACAGCAUCUGUGAUGGAGACCUGGUGGACCGGCAGAUCCGUUCCAAACAGACCUGGUCUCUGCUGCCCACACAGGCCGUCUACGCCAGCGUGCUGCCCGGCGCGUUAAUGAGCGGCUACAUGAGCCAGUUCCCCACGUUCCCCAGCUGGCUGGGCAAGUUCUCCUCCACGGGGAAACACAGCCGCAUCAUCCAGGAGCUGGCGUCCCACAUGUGCCUGAGGACCCUGAGCAGUAAGCAGGCGGUGAAUCUGGACUACCUGCCCUACAUGCGCUCGGCCCUGCUGGAGCCUCUGCAGAGGGCCGGAGCCGAGGGGGCCAGCCAAUCAGUGCAGCUCAUGGACGACUACAACCUCAUCAAAGAGGAUGUGGACUGCAUUAUGGAGAUAAGCACAUGGGGAGGCAGACCUGACCCCUACUCCAAACUCGACCCCAAGGUGAAAGCGGCCUUCACGCGGGCCUAUAACAAGGAGAGCCACUUGACCCCGUACUCGCUGCAGGCUGUGAAGAAGGGCAGGCGAGGAGGACCUGAGGCGGACCUAGCGACGCAGGAUGGCGACAACGACAACGACUCACAGCAACAGGAGGAAGAGGAGGAAGAACAGGGGGUUGAUGCCAUGAUCAAGCAGAAGAAGGCUAAGCCCGUGAAAGUGAAAGCAGAGGAUUCUGGGAAAGGCAAAGGCAAGGGCAAAGGGAGAGGAAAAGGCAAGAAGUGACCCCUGGCUACACACCACACCUCACCUCACCUCAGCGCCACACAAAGGACCACCCCACCUAAACUCUCCCGCCACGUCUGCCUGUGAACGGGCCCGCUGUACAGACUCCUUCAAAAGGCUUUUGUAGUCUCCUGCCAUCCUCCCCUCUCACCUUCCUUCUCUUGUUAACCACACUAUUGUGUGUUGUAUGAUAACCUUUCUCUGCCUUGGGCUGUGCUGUCAUAGUAACAGAGUGACCUGUGAUGUAAAUAUAACCUUGCAUUGCUAACUGAACAGUUUCCAUAGCUCCAUAUGGGAAGCACUUUAGACAGCAGACUUGUCUUUUUGAUAGACCCACAUUUUGCUGAACAUUUCUGUGAUCUAAACCACUUUAGACAGCAGACUUGUCUUUUUGAUAGACCCACAAUUCGCUGUACAUUUCUGUGAUCUAAACCAAUUUGCAAGGGUAAGUAAUAAACUGUUACAUACCAUGA